AUGAGCUGCCUGUCAGGAGAGCUCACCCAGUCAACACCCAGACCUUCACAUACGAAACCUGCAGGUCUGAGGGCAGAAUUUGACUUCGGUUCCAAAGUGAUACACGAAAGUGAACUGGGAAUUAAAGGCUUUGUGGGCACUGGUGAUAAAUUCAACUGUAUCCUAGAAUUCAUCAGUGUGGCGGUGGGACUGGUCAGCAUUAGAGGUGUGGACAGCGGCCUUUACCUCGGAAUGAACGAGAAGGGAGAACUCUACGGAUCUGAGAAGCUAACUUCUGAAUGCAUCUUCAGGGAACAAUUUGAGGAAAACUGGUACAACACUUACUCAUCCAACGUGUACAAACAUGGAGAUUCAGGGCGACGAUACUUUGUAGCACUUAACAAAGAUGGUACCCCCAGAGAUGGAGCAAGGUCCAAAAGACACCAGAAAUUCACGCAUUUCUUGCCCAGGCCCGUGGAUCCUGAAAGAGUUCCAGAACUGUACAAGGAUGUGUUGGGAUACAGCUGAGGAGGGACAGAAGUUCGAAAAAGACCCAUCCCGGAGACAUUUGAUCCUACUGCUUUGUCUGUGGCAAUAUCCGCGUGGAGAAUUUGCAGAAUUCUACAGUACUGGAUUUG